GAGUAAUUUAGAAAAUUCUGCCAAAAAGUGUUUGGUGCAUGUUAGAAGCCAAGAAAACGAAAGAAAUGAAUGUUUUUAAAACGUUUCCCUGGUGAUAGAAUUUGAUUAUUGUAGCCUACGUAGCUACACCAGGAACAGCUGGGUACACUCGUAUCCGUAGAAGGGAUCGGCGUUUCCACUAUUUGUUGGUUAAUUUUAUUGAUAUUUUCGUAACAUAUACAAAACGAAAAAAUGAGUUUACGAGCGCUCUGUUAUAGAAACGAUAGUGUUAGACUACGUGUACAGAGUACUUUAACCACAAGAUUCUUUGCCACAGCUGCUAAAGAGAAUGAUGGUCAGGUUAUUGACUUAACCUCUUUGGACGAGAAACCUAUUUAUGAUGAGGAUGAGAAGAUAAAUGAAGAAGUCGAGAGGAAGAGGAACAAAUCUCGUCUUCAAUCUGGGCAUAGAAAUAUGCUUUUUGAUAAACCUCCCUCUCAUGAUAUCACAGACUGGUAUCAUGAUAGAUUGAAAUACAAGCGAAGAUUGCUUGGCAGGUACGGUUUGGAGAACAUAGACACCACAGCAGGAGUAGCAUGGCCAACACCAAACGAACUGUAUGUUCUGAAAGAAUAUGAAAGAGUUGCUUAUCCAGAAACUAUUCAAGAAACAUGGAAAACCAUUGCUGAGAAACACAAGAAAGAAGCUGAGGCUAUAAAACUUAGGGAGCAAGAUAUUGCUAAGAAAUUGUCAAAGUUGAAGGACUGGACAGCGGAACUGAAAAAUAAGUUAGCAAAGAAAGAAGCUGAUGCUCUUAUGGCCAAAGAACGUAAGGAACGCUUGAUUGAAGAGGUGCGCAGGCACUUUGGAUUCAAGAUAGAUCCACGAGAUGUAAGAUUCAAGGAAAUGUUAGAAAAGAAGGAGAAGGAAGAUAAGAAGAAACAAAAAGACAUUAAAAAGAAAGAACGAGCAGCCAAAUAUAUGGCCAAGCUCAUGGCUGACAAUACUAAAGGGCCUAAUGCUGAUCAAAAGAAAGUUCAAGAGUCUGUCACACCUUCAGAGACUCCUAAACUGGCAGAAUAAUGGUAAAUAGUUCUUAAAUCAGAUAUUAUAAAGAUACUGUAAAAGCUGUACAAAACCUUUUUAUUAAAUAGAGUCUUCAAUGAGA